CAAGCAGGGGGAGUAGUCACAGCUGGAAGGAUAAUAAGAUGCGCAUGAAUUUACAAUCUGGACUUAAAAGAUAGCAUUAAUUGAAUGGACCGCGCGGUUUGUUUGCGAGGCAGAACGUAACUUCACCUGAUGUUUGCAAGGACUUUGCGCCGCGUUCGAGUUCGACUUCUUAAAAACCCAUAAAAGUUGAAGCUCCGCUGUCUGCAGUUGAUGGAGUUGAAAAGUUUCAUCUUCGCUCUCCCCGCAAUGGAAAGAAAAGCGCCCUUCGCUGGGAGUGAAGGCCUCCUGUGGUCAAUGUGGAUUACUGACUUCACUGAAGACAAGGAGCCAAACUCCAGGAUAUGACGUUUUUCACAGUAACUUCACUGCAGAGGACUGUUUUUUUCAUCUCCACCUGCCCAUCUAGUAAAUGAUGCAUGAGCUCAGGUGGGUGGGUUGGAUGCUAUCAUCUUGAUUGCCUUAAAUUUUUUUUUUAAAACAUACUAAAGGCUGACUGAGUAACUGAUGAGGACCACCUAUCCCCCCUACAAGGAGGCCGCUCACUGAGAAGCUGCCGUGUCUGUUUUUUUUUUUGACGCCUUCCAAGAAGUUCUUCCACUAUUCAAGCGUUUCACGUCAUAACUGGAAGAUCCCCCCAAUGUCUGCCUCCUCACCCCCUGCCUUACCUCGACCCUUCCUCCACUGCCUCCAAUCGCAUCACCCGCCAGGACAAAUCUACCAGCGCUUGUCCAACGGCAGCCACAACGCACCCAGUCCCACCAACUCCCGCAGCUCCUUCCAUGGGGUGUCCUUCCUGCUGCAGAUCGGCCUGACCCGAGAGACGGUGAACCUGGAAGCCAGUGACCUCUCACUCGCGUCUGUGAAGGACUUGGUGUGCUCCAUAGUGGAUCAGAAGUUUCCAGAGUGUGGCUUCUUUGGCAUGUACGACAAGAUUCUACUGUUCCGCCACAAUCUUAAUGAUGAGAACAUCCUGCAGAGGCUGACUUCUGUGGAAGACAUCCAUGAAGGGGACCUGAUUGAGGUGGUGUUGUCUGCCCAAGCCACAGUUGAAGAUUUCCAGAUUCGACCCCAUGCCCUCUAUGUCCACUCAUACAAAGCCCCUACGUUCUGUGACUACUGUGGAGAGAUGCUGUGGGGUCUGGUUCGGCAGGGGCUCAAAUGUGAAGGAUGUGGGCUCAACUACCAUAAACGCUGUGCCUUCAAGAUUCCCAAUAACUGUACUGGUGUGAAGAAGAGGCGAUUGUCCAAUGUGUCCCUGCCCGGGCCUUCACUGUCUGUCCCAAGACCGUUACCUACUGAGAAUGCAGUAGUUGUACCAGAUGAGCAACUUCGAUCCCAUCAAGAGGCAGGAAAGCGCAUCCUGUCCUGGAGUGGAAGGCCAAUAUGGAUGGACAAGAUGGAGAAGACCAGGGUGAAGGUGCCCCACACCUUUGCCAUUCACACCUACACUCGACCGACCAUCUGUCAGUACUGCAAGCGUCUACUCAAGGGUCUGUUUCGCCAGGGAAUGCAGUGUAAAGAUUGCAGAUUCAACUGUCAUAAACGAUGUGCUUCAAAGGUACCUAGAGACUGUUUGGGGGAGGUGUACUUCAAUGGAGAACCAGCCAGCCCUGGGCCAGACUCAGACACAACCAUGGAUACUAUGGAGGUGGACAGUAGUGACAUGGAAAUGGGCAGAGGACUGGAUGACCCAGAGGAACCAUCCACCCCAGAUGGGAUGUUCAGCAUAGAUUCCCCAUUUAGCGACAGAGAGAAGGAUGAAGAGCCCAUUAAGACUAUAAGUCCUUCCACCAGCAGUAACAUCCCCCUAAUGCGGGUGGUUCAGUCCAUCAAACACACCAAGAGAAGGAGCUCCACGGUGGUGAAGGAGGGCUGGAUGGUUCAUUAUACAAACAAAGACAACUUGCGGAAGAGACAUUACUGGAGGCUGGACAGCAAGAGUCUGACUCUCUUCCAGAACGACAGUGGAGCCAAGUUCUAUAAAGAGAUCCCUCUGUCUGAGAUCCUUCAGUUAGAACCGUUCAGAGACUACACUUACCUGGCUCCUGGCGGCAACCCUCACUGCUUUGAGAUCAUCACAGCCACCAUGGUGUACUACGUAGGAGAGAACAAUGGCAGUCACUACUACAGCCCCGCUUUGGCUGCUACUGGAGUUGGCAUGGAGGUGGCCCAAGGCUGGGAGAAGGCCAUCAGACAGGCUUUAAUGCCUGUCACCCCACAGCCAAGUCUGGCCACUGCUGCUGGUCAAGGCAAAGAUCACAAGGAGCUGUCUAUCAGCAUAUCUGUGUCCAACUGCCAGAUCCAAGAGAACGUGGAUAUUGCAUCAGUCUAUCAAAUCUUCUCUGAUGAAGUGCUUGGAUCAGGCCAGUUUGGGAUUGUAUAUGGAGGUAAACACAGAAAAAGUGGUAGAGAUGUGGCGAUCAAGGUCAUAGACAAGAUGAGAUUUCCUACCAAGCAGGAAAGCCAGCUAAGGAAUGAGGUCGCCAUUUUACAGAAUCUCCAUCAUCCAGGUAUCGUGAACCUGGAGUGUAUGUUUGAAACGCCGGAGCGGGUGUUUGUCGUCAUGGAGAAGCUGCACGGCGACAUGCUGGAGAUGAUCCUGUCCAGUGAGAAGAGCAAACUACCGGAACGAAUCACCAAAUUCCUGGUCACACAGAUCCUAGUGGCCUUAAGACAUCUACACUUCAAAAACAUCGUUCACUGUGACUUGAAGCCGGAAAACGUCUUGCUAGCAUCCGCAGAGCCUUUUCCUCAGGUAAAGCUGUGUGAUUUCGGCUUUGCCCGGAUUAUCGGCGAGAAGUCAUUCCGCCGAUCAGUGGUGGGAACGCCAGCUUACCUGGCUCCAGAGGUUCUGCGCAGUAAAGGCUAUAACCGUUCCUUAGACAUGUGGUCCGUGGGAGUCAUUGUGUACGUCAGCCUGAGCGGGACCUUUCCUUUUAACGAGGAUGAAGACAUUAACGACCAGAUCCAGAAUGCUGCCUUCAUGUACCCCCCUGCACCCUGGAAGGACAUCUCUGCAGAGGCCACAGACCUUAUCAACAACCUUCUCCAAGUCAAGAUGAGGAAGAGGUACAGUGUGGAUAAGUGCCUCAGCCACCCCUGGUUACAGGACUAUCAGACCUGGCUGGAUCUACGGGAGUUCGAGACGCGCCGAGGCGAGCGCUACAUCACCCACGAGAGCGACGACACACGCUGGGAGGAGUAUGCACAAGAGCACAGUCUUGUUUACCCCAAACAUUUUAUCAUGGCUCCCAACCUGGAUGACAUGGAGGAGGACCCCUAGGGGUGCAGGAGAUUUCCUGUUGACAUGUUGAAGUCAGGGACUUUUUGCAACAAGCUUUGGGAGCGGCGGGUUUUCCCUCCAUAGCUGCUUGUUGUGGCAACAAGGAGAAGCCUAUUGGUUGGAAGAAAAAGCUCUCCGGAGGGUUUGAAAGUGGAAAAGAAAAUGACAUUUUAGUAGCUGGAGGCGCUGCUACAGUGAGCUGCUGAAAAAAUGCAUCAAAGGAAACCGCUUUGUGAGACUGUCGGGAGAGAGGAGUGUCCUAUCUUCCUUUUUUGUAAAAUACAAAAACAUUUCUUGGGUUUUCAUCUAACUUUGUUCAUUUUCUGAGAGCAACAAGAAGCCAAAAGAUGAGCACCGAAAACUAAAAAUGAAGAAACUCUUUUGAACAUUUUUUUAUUGUAAUGUUUUUGAUGUCAAGAAAGAGAGACCCGUGAAAAUAGAGGCUUACCCCCCCAGGAGUAAAGGGCACUUUUCACAAGGGAUUUGCAUUUGGAGAAUUAAACACCAGAUUGUUCUCAUCUUUCUAACUGUGAGACUGUCCUUUGGCAUGAACUGGAACAAUCACACCGAUAUGUAUUUUAUUUUUUAGUAAUCUAUUUAGUUUCUGGUAGGUCUUGCACUAUAUAAUUAACAUUCAUAACAACUGAAUAAAAGCACUAUUCAAUGCUAAAGAGAAAGGAAUUCUAUUUUGAAGUUGUACGCAGUGAAAUGAGGUAAAUGAGAAAGUUUUGUUGCUCACAAUGUGUUGGCUGCAGACAUUUUCAACCUUCAGCUACAAAAAGCCAGUGAUGGAUUUUUGUCUGGAGAGUGAGAUGAAAAAAAAACAUGUGCAACUUUAUUCAUUAUUAUGAAUGAACACAUCUUUAACAUGCAUAACAAGUUCUGGAAGAAUUGAAUAUUUCUAAAUUUCCAGUUUGGAAAACUGGGAUCUCCUAAUAUGUGCGUCUUGGGAGUAUUUUUGUGUUAUUUUCCUGUCUUUGUUGCCACUGGAUUGGCAGGUGUCAGUGUUUUGUAUAUUUCAGCACAUACCAAUGGAGCAACAACUGAACAGUAAACGUGUUAAAAAUCUGAA